CGCGUUGCCGUGGCGCCGGCUGUGGGGGUUCGGGGCCGUCUCUCUCUCUGUGUCUCUGUGAAGCGCUGUCGAGGGCCGCCCCCCGGCCGCCGCCAUCUCCCGGCCGCCGCCCCUGUGUGUGUGAGGCGGGGACAGCGCCUGACAGGUGGCCCCGGGCCCGGGAGGCCUCCGCGCGGCUGGUGCUGUCGGGGACCCGAGGCUCCCCCGCCGGUACCUUAACCGCAUUCUCUGUUCUGAAUUGUGGAGCUUCGGUGCUGCAGACCUUCUGUUACAGCAACUUUACUCGGAUGAACAUCAUGCUCCUUUCCUACACGCUGAGGACUGAGUAGCUGUUCUACACGACCGAAGCUGUGCUGGCUGGGUAAUUGUGAUCGAGCUGCAGGAAUGGCUGGCCACUUCCGAAGCUACGUGUGGGAUCCAGUUCUCAUCAUAUCUCAGAUUGUCCUUAUGCAAUGCAUCUACUACAGCUUCCUGGGCAUUUGGCUGGCUCUGGUGGACAGUCUUGUGCACAAUAAUCGCUCACUUGAUCAAGUGUUUAGUUAUGAGGUUCUGGGAUUUUCCACAGCUCAGGGGAGGCUCUCAAUGAUGGCGUUUGUUCUCAAUUCGCUCACAUGUGCACUGGGGCUCUGGUAUUUCAUCCGAAGAGGAAAGCAAUGCUUGGAUUUCACUGUGACGGUUCAUAUCUUCCACCUGGUGGCUUGCUGCUUCUACAAUUGGCACUUUCCCACAGUGCUGAGCUGGUGGCUAGUGAACAUUGUGUGCAUUGCACUGAUGGCUGUAAUAGGGGAAUAUCUGUGUAUGCGGACAGAGCUCCGAGCCAUCCCCGUGAACACUGGACCCAAAUCCAACCUCUGAACUCCUGACAGAUGUGUGUGUUUCCCCGAGUGCUCGCUCGCUCGUUCACACUCACCACUUCCACUGAUUCUCCAGAAACUGUCCUAACAACCAGUGUUAAAAAAAAGAACAUUUUUAAUCCUCACAUUCAUUUUAAUGUUGGCAAAGAAGAAUUUUACAAAACGGUAUACUUUUGUGCACAGAAUACAGAGCGUUCCAUUUUUAUUUUGAUUACCAUAUAAUCUGUUGAGUGGCAAAUGUCUUGUGUAAAAUAAGCUUUAUGAGUUUCUAAGCAUGUAUCUGUGAUUCGCAGUGUUGGUGAGAGGAGUUCAAAUUUGUUCCUAUUAAGAUUGGAUCCUAUGGGAUUCUUAGUUCUCUGAUCUCUUGUGCAGGAGACGUGCUGAAUACACUGAACGUGUGGGGACGUACUUUGGAUGUGUAGCCGUACAGCACACACUGGCCACUUUAGCUCAACUUGCGGUUGUAUGUUAAGAACCCACCAGCCUUAUGCCUAAAGCUUUCUACGUUCCACUGAUCACUCCCUACAUUUUCUAUCUAAAUGGUCUCUGAAUGCAGCAUCGCGACCCAUGAACAUUGACAGUCCGUACAGUGGAAUGUGCAGUUCUAAUCAUUCGCACAGCAAUUGGAAAGACCAGGAAUCCUGGACAACAAAUCCAAGCCUGAAAUGGACACAGUCCUUGGGCAGAGAGAACGUUGGGUCAAUCUGAGGCAUUGCACAAUUUCAUCCAAUUAAGCAAAAAAAAAAGGAACCCUCUUAUUUUGAUUAUAGCACUACUUCUUGAUUGAUGUAAAAUAGUUAAGAAAUGAAGUGGUAAAAGUACUUUGAAAUUAGGACUGCUCCUAACCUCAGGACUGUCUGUGGAAAUGUUCCAUGCAGCUCAUUGUGAUGAUUUCUGUACCACAGUUGAUCGGCAUGACGUGCCCUUUACUUCUACAGUAUUUUGUUUAAAAGUCAUUGAGGAAUAAAUCUCUUGGCUGGCUUUAGCACCAGUUUUCUCCAAUGUUCGACUUUCCUGUGUCAUGAAUGCUGCAAUGAGCUGAUGCCCUUGUUUUAUGGGAACCGGCUAUUUUAGACAAGGAUGUGGGGAAAGGACAGACCGAAAUGGUCUUCUGUACUGUAAGAUUUCAAGAUCUGUAUUCGAAAUGGAAGAUCUGAAUUGUGACCAGCUGUGUGAAUUGUUCUGAUGGAAGAGUUUAAUUCCAUCCUCUGUAUUUGUAAUGCUUAGUUUCUCUGGUCUUUUAUGCCACAUUUUAUGAACACAAACAAUUGAAUGUAGACAUUAAUGUACUUAAGCUGAAGCUCAGGUUUAUUCGGUUGCUAAUAUUUUGCAUUUUGUGUCUUGCUUCAACUUGUCAAAUGCCUUGUCCUCACUUCUCUUCUAAGCCUGAAAGAUACAGUCACUACACUUUAAAUCCUCUGAAGCGCUGUGAAACAACAACCUGGCGUGAAAGACACUGUAUCGGAAUAUGAAUUGGCCACCUUUUCUCAGACCCAUACAAAGCCAGAAUGUGGAGGGUACUGAUUCAUACAAGCACAAACAACUGGCACAACAGUAACGACGGGAGGUUUCAUGCUCUCAGGUUCUUCAUUUACAAGUCAAAAUACCACCGAUCUCUAUGUGUGUCCAGAUUGCUUUAAUUUUUCAGAUAAAUUUGGAAUUCCAGAGCAAAUAGAAAGAAGUAAAAGAAAUAUGUUUUAAUCCAAAUCCUUUGCAGAGGUGUAUUUCAGAAUGUGGGACGGAGUCUGCUGAGGAGAGAGAGCAGACAGGUUGAUAUGGGGUUAGCAGG